ACUUCUCGUGACGUACGGUCACACUCGCACCGGUCACCGCAUUUUUUGGUCUUUUUGAAGCGGCGCAGUGCAAGUGGAGAUUUAUAUGAUGACCUACUACGUCUGCCUGCACCAGGAGGGCGUCAGCAGCAUUCCCAAGCUGAUCGAGAAAGCCUAUGCGAACAACUACAAUGUGGUGGCCACCUCCAUCAACGCCAACAUGGUGCCCUUCGAACCGGACGAGUCGGAUCCCACAUACCCGGCCACAAUCCUCAGCGCCGUCGACUGGAACUCCAAGGUGAUAUUCACCAUGUCCGACGUGGACGUGGACUCGCCGAACGCCAAGCUGCGCCAGCACGCCCGAGAGGUGCUGCUGCGGGACGUGGCCUGGGCGGAGCACCUGCAGAACGUGGGCAGCGUGAUGGUGCGACUGCGCGGUCCGGAAAACGCCAAUCUGGCGGACAUUGUGCGGACCAAGACAAAGGAUCUCUUCCCCCUAGGCAACUGGUUCAUACAGGUGCCCAUCACCAAUCCCGAGCUGGCCACCUUUGAGCACCGCAAAGAUGCGUCCGCCGAAGAUGUGAGUCGCGCGGAACACAAUGACCCAUGGCACUGGUGGAACAACCUGCGAAUCGCCGUCAAACAGAGCACCAAGGUGAAGGUUGUAAUCGAGCUAAACGACUCGGAUCGGCCGAGCAAGGAGACAGUGCGUCGCUGGUUGGGCGAGCCCAUCGAGGCCAUCAUUAUUCCAUCCUCCCUGUUCGUGAGGAAUCGCUCCAACUACUGCGUGCUGAAGAAGGAGUGGCAGGUCAUCAUCGGACACUUCAUCUCUGUAAGGGCCAACAUCAUCAUCUCCACGAAUCCCACCGACAAGGCUUUGUCCCAGUAUGCGGACUAUCUGAAGAAGCUAAUCAGUGAGAACUGCGACACACACAUGCUAAACAGCUAUGAAAACAUGCUGGAGAUCCCAUUGCAGCCACUGUGCGAUAAUCUGGACAGCUAUACAUAUGAAGUAUUUGAGACUGAUCCCGUCAAAUACAAGCUCUACCAGGACGCAAUACAGGCGGCUUUGCUAGACAAAGUCAGCGAUGAAGAGGCCAAAACCAAGUUGACAGUGGUCAUGCUGUUGGGUGGCGGACGCGGUCCUCUUGCGCGGGCUGUGUUCAAUGCAGCUGAGCUGACCAAGCGCCAAGUGCGGCUGUACAUUAUAGAGAAGAAUACGAAUGCCAUUCGCACGCUCUCCUAUAUGGUUAAAACACUUUGGGCCAACAAGGACGUUCACAUUUUCUCCAAGGACAUGCGCGACUUUUCGCCUCCCGAGCUGGCUGACAUAAUGGUGUCCGAAUUACUCGGUUCCUUUGGCGACAAUGAACUUUCACCCGAGUGCCUGGACGGAGCUUUGAAGCUGCUCAAACCGGAUGGCAUUAGCAUACCCUACAAGUCCACCUCGUACAUUAAUCCACUCAUGACGGCUGUGCUGCAUCAGAAUGUCUGUCAACUGGUAUCCACAGUGCCUGCCUUCGACUACGGCUAUGUGUCGCUGCUGAAGAACAUCUACCACAUCGAUGAGCCGCAGGCCCUGUUUGAAUUCACGCAUCCCAAUCGAGCGGAGAAGAUAGACAAUACUCGCUGCAAGAUGCUCACGUUUACUGUCAAAAAGGAUUGUAUGCUGCACGGAAUCGGCGGAUACUUUGAUACCCAUUUGUACAAGGACAUCUGCCUGAGCAUCAACCCGCUGACCCACACGGCGGGCAUGUUCUCCUGGUUCCCUAUGUUUUUCCCAACGCGUCCAAGGACUCUGAAGGAGGGCCAGACCAUAAACAUCAAGUUCUGGCGCUGUGUGGAUGCGACCAAAGUGUGGUACGAAUGGCAGGUGAUCAGCGAUUCCGAGGAGUGGGAGCACCACAACAUAUGCGGCACUGGCUACAACAUGCGACUGUAGCAGGAGGCAAUGCCAUACCUUUUAGCCAAAUGAUCCUCAAUAGUUUUUUUUUGAACCGAAUAUAGAAUCAAACCGAA